AGGCCUACAUCGAUGGGAAAUGGGUGGAUGCAGAUUCGAAGGCCACUUUCAAUGUGACCAACCCGGCAAACGGAGACAUCAUUGCGGAUGUACCGGACAUGGGAGCGGGUGAAACGCACAGAGCGAUCGCUGCGGCUAAAGCGGCGCUGCCCGUGUGGGGCGCUUGGUCACCAAUGGACAAAUCGAAAGCGUUAAAGCACUGGCACUCUAAGGUGAUAGAGCACGCAGACCAUCUCGCUCAGAUUAUAUCCCGCGAACAGGGCAAACCACUGGCCGAAGCAAAGGGGGAAGUUCUGUACUCUGCUGGAUAUAUUGAAUGGUAUGCGGAAGAGACCAAACGCAUAUACGGAGAUAUCCUACCACACAAUACCAACGGUCGCCGCCUGCUCGUGUACAAACAACCGGUGGGUGUGUGCGGUUUAAUCACUCCCUGGAAUUUCCCUGUGGCCAUGGCUGCCCGUAAAAUAGCCCCUGCGCUGGCCGCAGGGUGUACUGUGGUCCUCAAGCCAGCCGAGGACACCCCCCUCUCGGCCAUUGCGCUGAUGAAGUUGGUCGAGAUGUCUGAUCUGCCGCCGGGGGUUGUGAACUUGGUCACGUGCCAGAAGAGUAGUUCGCCAGCCGUAGGUGGGGCGCUCACUUCGAGCCCAGAUGUUGCAAAGAUCUCGUUCACUGGCUCUACGGGUGUGGGCAAGCUACUGAUGAAGCAGAGCAGCGACACAGUCAAGCGCAUGUCCAUGGAAUUGGGCGGCAAUGCAUCGUUCAUUGUGUUUGACGAUGCCGACCUCGACGCCGCGGUGGCCGGUGCGAUUGCCAGCAAGUUCAGAAACUCUGGGCAGACCUGUGUGUGUACCAACCGGUUCCUUGUCCAGGAUGGUGUGUACGAGGCCUUUACUAAGAAGCUGACUGCCGCUGUUAAUGAGUUGGUUGUAGGCAAUGGGCUAGACGCGGGUACCACACAGGGACCGCUGAUCAACAAAGCGGCGGUAGAGAAAGUGGAGAAGCACAUGGCCGACGCACUGGCCAAAGGCGCCAAGGUGGUGACGGGAGGAAAGAACAGUGCCGUGGGUGAACUAUUCUACGAGCCCACUGUGCUAACCGGGGUGACAACUGACAUGCUGGUGUCCUCUGAUGAAACUUUCGGACCACUUGCCCCGUUAAUUCGGUUCACUACGGAAGAGGAGGCCAUCGCCCUUGCCAAUGACACGCUAGCGGGACUAGCCAACUACUUCUACACCAAAGACAAUGCGCGUAUCUGGCGUGUGAGCGAAGCUCUGAACAGUGGCAUGGUUGGUGUCAAUGAGGGGAUAAUCUCCACCGAACUCGCACCAUUUGGCGGCGUAAAGCAGAGUGGAUUUGGCCGAGAGGGCUCUAAAUAUGGAAUCAACGACUACCUAGAUACCAAGUAUGUGUGUGUUGGGCAGAUAGAGUAGCAACCACUGCGCCCCAGGCAGUGCCCAGGCGCAGGAGAAGACAGACAUACGACGAAGAAUAUGAUGCGGCUGGGUGAAUACCGGCAAGGUCGAGAUAUUUAGAUGAUUGUCAUUUGUAUGGUAGAGAUGCCGGCAACGAGAUUGUCAUUUGUAUGGUAGAGGCUCCAAUAUAAAUCAUACAUGACGACUUCAAUGCAAUAUUGUCGCC